GUGUUCUUGCCAUGGCUUCUGCUGUAUUCCGGCUGCUGCAGCAGGGCCCUCGCCGCCUCUUAGCUCCGGUCGUGCCCACGCUGGCUCCUCCGGUUCGGGGAGUGAAGAAGGGAUUCCGUGCAGCCUUCCGCUUCCAGAAAGAGCUGGAGCGGUGGCGCCUGCUACGCUGCCCGCCGCCGCCCGUGCGACGCUCAGAGAAGCCAAACUGGGAUUACCAUGCGGAGGUACAAGCCUUUGGAGCUCGCUUACAAGAAACCUUUUCGUUGGACCUUCUCAAAACUGCGUUUAUCAAUAGCUGCUACAUCAAAAGCGAAGAGGCGAAACGUCAGAACCUUGGCAUAGAGAAAGAAGCCGCCCUGCUGAAUCUUCAGGACAAUCAGGAACUGUUUGAACAAGGGCUGUCUUUUUCACACCGCUGCCUCACACAGUUUCUUGAAGACGAGUUCCCAGACUUGCCCGCCGAAGGCACUGAGAGUCUAGUUAACUUUCUUACUGGUGAGGCAGUUGUCUGUCAUGUGGCCAGUAACUUGGCUGUGGAGCAGUUGACCCUCAGUGCGGAAUUUCCUGUCCCCCUGCCCGUCUUACGUCAGACUUUCUUUGCAGUGAUUGGAGCCCUGCUGCAGAGCAGUGGCCCUGAAAGGGCUGCACUGUUCAUCAGGGACUUUUUAAUUACACAAAUGACAGGGAAAGAGCUCUUUGAGAUGUGGACUGUUGUAAAUCCCAUGGGACUACUCGUAGAGGAGCUGAAGAAGAGAAACAUAGCAGCUCCCGAGUCUCGACUCACCAGGCAGUCUGGGAGCACAACUGCUCUGCCUUUAUAUUUCGUUGGCUUAUACUGUGACAAAAAGCUGAUUGCAGAGGGACCUGGGGAAACUGUACUUGUCGCAGAGGAAGAAGCCGCGCGCGUGGCACUCAGGAAGCUCUACGGAUUCACGGAGAACAGGCGGCCCUGGGACUACUCCAAACCCAAAGAGAGCCCAAAGAGAGCAGAGCAAACCAGCGUUGCCAGCUAGGCAACAAGGGGGUGGGUGACAUCAUCACCACUGAGCGACACAGUGAGCCAGGGCUAGAGGGGAAGAGUGCAAAAUAUGGGAACUGUGUCUCGUUGCCCUUGCUGGGCCCCUACAGUGACAGGGGUUUCUCUCUUUUUUUUUUCUUUUCUGUUUCUCUAACGCACUGGUUUAUUACAGUGUAUAAUUUGUAUAGCUAGACUGGGCAAUGGUGGCACACGCCUUUAAUCCCAGCACUUGGGAGGCAGAGGCAGGCAGAUUUCUGAGUUCGAG